GUCCACUUCCUGCAAGAUCCGGACUGGAAUACGCUGCGGUUGUCCUAGUUCUCCUAGUUCCCCCAUCCCCUAGGCCGAAGCUAUCGCCUCUAGUUAGAGGCCCCGCCCCCGUAUGACCAAUGACCCGCUCCUAAGACGUCAGCUCCAGCUCCUUACAGUUGGGGCCCACCAUCACACCCCUACCUGCGGUCUCUCCAACUCGUGACCCCGCCCUCACACCCAAGCCCCGCCCCAAGCAGAACAAGUCCACGCCCCUUGCCCGCGGUCCCGCCCCUCCCUCCCCAGAGGGCGGCUACCAGGCGGCGGCCGCAGCCGCAGGAAGAUGCUGGAAGCCGGCGGGCGCGCGCCUCGUAGGUGCUGAAGGGACAGUUCCUUCGGCAGAACUUGCUCCUGAGCGCACUGGGCACGUAAGCGAUGGAGGCUAUUUGGAUCUACCAGUUCCGCCUCAUCGUGAUCGGUGACUCCACGGUAGGCAAGUCGUGCCUUCUGCACCGCUUCACCCAAGGCCGCUUCCCAGGGCUGCGCUCCCCGGCCUGCGACCCCACAGUCGGCGUGGACUUCUUCUCGCGCCUCCUGGAGAUUGAGCCAGGCAAGAGGAUCAAGCUGCAGCUUUGGGACACGGCGGGGCAGGAGCGAUUCAGAUCAAUAACUCGAUCCUAUUACCGCAACUCAGUUGGAGGAUUUUUAGUGUUUGACAUUACUAACCGACGGUCUUUUGAACAUGUGAAAGAUUGGCUAGAAGAAGCAAAAAUGCAUGUGCAGCCUUUUCAGAUUGUAUUUCUACUGGUGGGACAUAAAUGUGAUCUAGCUUCACAACGUCAGGUUUCAAGGGAGGAAGCUGAGAAACUGUCAAAGGACUGUGGAAUGAAGUACAUAGAAACCUCAGCCAAGGAUGCCACGAAUGUUGAAGAGUCCUUUACAAUCUUGGCAAGAGACAUAUAUGAACUUAUUAAAAAAGGAGACAUUUGUAUUCAGGAUGGAUGGGAAGGGGUUAAAAGUGGUUUCGUUCCAAAUACUGUGCAUUCUUCUGAGGAAGCAGUGAAGCCUAGAAAACAGUGCUUCUGUUGACUCCAGCCUGUCGAAGACCUACCACAGACAGACAUGUCGCUCUGGAUAGAUGUCAACAUGGACAGCAGAAUGACAAAAGGAGGGAACAUCUACCAACAUCCAGACCCAUUUCAUAAGCUGGUGGACACAACGCUGUGUCCACUCAACACCAACAGACUGGGUAGUCUGCUAAGUUAGGAGGAAAAGGAGACAACUUUUUUCUUGAAACCAGGGUCUACAAAGUUACAUCCCUUCUCACUUUGUUAGGGUAUAGCUGACCUUAGUGCCCAGAUGUGUCGGUAUUAAUCAUCCCUCUUGACAGUUGAAAAUAGGUUUUCUCAUAUACAUGUAAUUCAGCUGAAAAGAAUGUAUCAGGAUUCAUUUUCUCCUGGGUUAACUAGUAUUGAAAACAAAGUGCACUUGAAGGGCCAAUGAGGUGAUUCACUGGGUGAGGAAGCUUGCCACCAGAUCUGUAGACUUGAGUUUCAUUCAUUCCUGGAGCCACUGUGGUAGAAGGAAAGAACCCACUUCCCUUGAAGUUGUCCCCUGACCCCCAUGUGCAUGCUGUCAUACACAUGCACAUACAAAUACACAUGAGCAAGUACAGGGCCAUAAUAAAUAAUGUUGAAAAUGCAUAAGGUACAACUCGAAGGCUGUGGCUGUGGCUCAGUGGUAGAAUGUUUCUUUAGUUCUGAAAACCUAGAUUCAAUCCCCAGUAUCAAAGCUAGAGCAGGAAAAAAGCAAAGUACUUAAAAGCAGUCUUAGAAAUAUUGACUAGGGGCUGGAGAGAUGGCUCAGUGGUUAAGAGCACUGACUGCUCUUUCAGAGAUCCUGAGUUCAAAUCCCAGCUACCACAUGGUGGCUCACAAUGAUCUGUAAUAGGAUCUGAUGCCCUCUUCUGGUGUGUCUGAAGAUAGCUACAGUGUACUUAUAUAUAAUAAAUAAUUUUUAAAGAAAUAUUGGCUAGAACUAAAAUACACAUUUUCUUUUUAAAAUAGAGUUGCCAUUCUUGGAACAUAAUAAAGUAAGUUUUAUAUUCCCUUUUUGUUCCUAGAUUUAUUGCUCCUGGAAUCUUUACAUUUGAUAAGGUAUCUAAAUUUUCAAAGGA